AUGGCGGAUAAUCCCUUCAAUAGCUAUCAUAGUAAGGAAGGUGAGUUCCGUGCAGAAGACCCGAUUCUGCAACAGGAGGAAGAGUUUUUGAACGCUGAAGCUGCCGUAGAGGCACUUUCUAAACCAAACGCGUCCCUCGAAUUUUGCACGUUGUCCGUUGCUGAGACGUUAUCACAGUUAGAAACAGAUCCAGUUAAUGGGUUGCAGUCCGCGGAGGACCUUGCCAAUAGAGGCGCUCGAUAUGGAAAGAACGAGGUUGUCGCUGAGGAGGACGGUCCGUUGUGGAAGAAAUUUUUGUCCAAUUUUGUAGAGGAUAAACUAAUCCUUUUGUUAAUUGGGUCUGCCUUUAUUUCCGCCGUUAUGGGGAACUUCGAUGAUGCUGUGAGUAUCACGUUGGCCAUUUUCAUCGUCGUUUCUGUCGGUUUUGUUCAAGAAUAUAAGUCCGAGAAGUCUUUGGAAGCUUUAAAUAAAUUGGUGCCAGCAGAGUGCCAUUUAGUUAGAUUUGGGAAAGAGUCUCAUACAUUAGCAUCUGGCCUUGUGCCGGGGGACUUGAUACAUUUCAGAAUAGGUGAUCGGAUACCCGCAGAUCUAAGAAUUAUUGACUCUGUCGAUCUCUCCAUUGACGAGAGUUCCCUGACAGGGGAAAAUGAACCAGUCCACAAGUCCACCAAGCUGAUCAAACCUGAAACAUUUUCAGAUGGUAUUGUGCCAAUAUCGGACAGAACAUGUAUUGCUUAUAUGGGUACCCUAGUCAAGGAGGGUCAUGGUAAAGGUAUUGUUGUUGGAACAGGGAGCAACACUUCGUUUGGUGCUGUCUUUGAGAUGAUGAGCAAUAUUGAAAAGCCAAAGACCCCGCUACAACAUUCCAUGGAUAAAUUGGGGAAGGACUUGUCUCUGUGUAGUUUUUUGGUUAUCGGUCUCAUUUGUUUGGUUGGUGUUAUCCAAGGCAGACCAUGGAUUGAAAUGUUCCAGAUAUCCGUCUCUUUGGCUGUGGCAGCUAUUCCAGAAGGUUUACCCAUCAUUGUUACCGUAACUCUGGCACUUGGUGUUCUGAGAAUGGCAAAGCGUAAGGCUAUUGUCAGAAGAUUACCCAGUGUCGAGACUUUGGGUUGUGUGAAUGUUAUUUGCUCCGAUAAAACUGGUACUUUGACGUCUAACCACAUGACUGUGGCAAAGAUAUGGUGUCUUGGCAGCAUGUCUAAUAAAUUGAACGUUUUGAAUUUGGAAAAAACUAAAAGUGGUAGCUUAAAGAACUACUUGACGGAAGAUGUUAAGGCAACGCUGAAGGUUGGUAACUUGUGUAAUAACGCAUCAUUUUCCGAGGAACAUGCAAAAUACUUGGGUAACCCUACCGAUAUUGCACUUUUGGAACAGUUACCCAAGUUUGGCAUGCAAGAUAUUAGAAGCUCGCUUAAAAAGAUUCAAGAACUUUCUUUCAACUCAAAGCGGAAGUUCAUGGCUGCUAAUAUGUCAGACGCGGAAGGAAAAUGUACAAUAUAUGUCAAGGGUGCUUUUGAAAAGGUGUUGAAAAAAUCGUCACAUUUCCUUAAUGAAAAGGGAAAGCCAGAAAAACUAACGGAAGCUUAUAGGAACACUAUCAAUGAAUGUGCUAAUGCGUUGGCAUCAGAUGGUUUACGUGUUUUAGCUUUUGCUAAGGCUACAUUGAAUGACUCUAUGAAAAGCAAGAAGUUAGAAGAAGAGUCUGUUGAGAACCUGACUUUCUGUGGGUUAAUUGGUAUGAAUGACCCCCCAAGACCGACUGUUAAACCUGCUAUCGAACAGCUACUACAAGGUGGCGUUCAUGUAAUCAUGAUUACCGGUGAUUCUGUCAAUACAGCAGUCAACAUUGCCAGGCAAAUCGGUAUUCCUGUGAUCGACCCGAAACUAUCUGUUUUAUCUGGUGAUAAGCUGAACGAAAUGACUGAUGAUCAAUUGGCAAAUGUUAUCGAUCACGUUAAUAUAUUUGCGCGUGCUACACCUGAACAUAAACUAAACAUUGUCCGCGCUUUGAGAAAAAGAGGCGACAUUGUCGCCAUGACCGGGGAUGGUGUUAACGAUGCGCCUGCACUAAAAUUGGCUGAUAUCGGUGUUUCUAUGGGAAGAAUGGGUACAGAUGUGGCGAAAGAAGCAUCUGACAUGGUUUUGACUGAUGAUGAUUUCAGCACCAUUUUGACUGCUAUCGAGGAAGGCAAAGGUAUCUUCAGCAACAUUCAAAACUUUUUGACCUUCCAAUUGUCUACAUCUGUUGCGGCUCUGUCGUUGGUUGCCUUAUCCACCACAUUGAACUUACCUAAUCCAUUAAAUGCAAUGCAAAUUCUGUGGAUCAAUAUUUUGAUGGACGGGCCUCCAGCGCAGUCGUUAGGUGUUGAACCUGUUGACCAUGAAGUAAUGAAGAAACCGCCUAGAAGUCGUUCGGAAAAAAUUUUAACACAUGAAGUGUUGAAGAGAUUGAUUGGAACAGCUGCAUGCAUUAUUUUGGGUACCAUUUACGUUUUUGUUAAGGAAAUGGCCGAGGACGGGAAGGUCACCGCUAGAGACACUACCAUGACCUUUACCUGUUUUGUCUUCUUUGAUAUGUUCAAUGCUUUGGCUUGCAGACACUCUACAAAAUCUAUCUUUGAAAUUGGUUUUUUCACGAACAAAAUGUUCAACCUUGCCGUGGGGCUUUCACUGGUGGGUCAGAUGUGUGCGAUUUAUAUCCCAUUCUUCCAAAGUGUGUUCAAAACUGAGCGCUUGAGUCUAGGAGAUCUGAUUUUCUUAUUGUGUGUCAGCAGUACUGUGUUUAUUGUUGAUGAGCUAAGAAAGUACUUUUUCAAGAAGAAAAUGGAGGAUGAGCCACUUUACUAUUCUAAUGUUUGA